AAGUAUAAAGAGUCUCAUCAUGAGCAAGAAAGUCACAAAUCAAACUCUAAGAUUAUCUUCUUACCAAGAAAAUAUGGAUUUUGUUCCUUCAAUGUUUAUGCCUGAUUCUACCGACGAAGAUGGAUUACUAUUUUCUGAUUCUUUUGUUCUUUCGCCGAUUAUGUCAUACCAAAACUAUGAUGAUUGCAAUCCUAUCACAGACAAAAAUGGCGGAAGCAACAAGAAAAGAAGUUUAUGUGAAGACAACAAAGGGAAUGAUGAUCGAGAAGUCAAGAAGAUGAAACACAGAGACACUGAAAGGCAAAGAAGAAUAGAAGUUUCAUCUCUUUUCAAAAGUCUAAGAUCUCUCUUGCCAUUUCAAUAUAUCCAGGGUAAACGCGCGACAGCAGAUCACGUUUGCCAAGCAGUGAACUAUAUCAAAGACUUAGAAAAAAGGAUCAAAGAACUCAACGAAAAGAGAAAUCGGAUACAAAAAUCCGUACGGGGCACAGUUACAAUUCAUCCAUAUACGGAGGAAUGCACAAGUAGCAGUUUAUCAACAUCAUCAUUAUCAACAUCAUCAUCGAGAUGUUCAUGUAUAGAUGACAAACACAUGACGGUUGUGAUCAUACCUUGUUUGGUCGGUGUUGAGAUCAUCAUAAGUUGUUGUCUCGGACGAAAGAAGUCUUGUCUUUCGAGUGUUCUUCAAAUCUUGACUCAAGAAGUAAGGCUUAGUGUAGUUAGUUGCCUCUCAACUAGGGUGCAACAGAGAUUCAUGCACACCAUUGUUUCUCAGGUCGACGAUGGAAUAAAGAUCAAUAUUUCGGAGCUUAAAGAUAAAAUACUGAAUAUGUAGCCAUACAAGGAAUUUAUCAAGUAUUAUGAUUUUUCGUCAUUUGAAUAUGGAGUUUUACUAAACUCUAAUGUAUAUUUUAUUUGAGCUUUUAGCUACUAAGAUCAUAUUGUUUUAGUGUUGAGUGCUUAGAGCUACAGUUACAAAUUGCUAUUUAUCUUAUCAUUAUAUAAUCUUUUUUAUAUCAAAAUAAAUAUCAUUUUGAUACCUUUUAAUUUAUUCAA